AUGAGAUAUUUAUGCGAUUGGAGUGAAUGUGACAAACAGUUUACACGACAUUCAUAUUUACUUCAACACAAAAAUAUCGUUCAUUUAAAUAAUUCAAAAUACAAAUGUAAUGAAGAAAAGUGUGGCAAAAGUUUCUCAUCAAAAUCGGGACUCAUUUAUCACAAACGCCUUCAUUCGGGAGAAAAACCGUUUCGUUGUAAUUAUAAUGAUUGCGGCAAACGAUUUACAAGAAACUCAGUUUAUAUGAAACAUCAUAUAAUCGAUGUUCAUAUGAAGGGAAAGCCUGUCUACCAGUGCUCGCAACCAAACUGUGAACAAGUGUUUGAUCAUAAAUACAAUUUUUAUCGACACAACCGUUGCGUUCAUUUAAACCAAAAGCCAUUCAAAUGUGACAAAACCUUUACCGAAAAAUCACAUCUCGGUAAAAAACACAUGAAAAUUAAAUAA